GGAGACUCGAACUCGCAACCUCUUAAUUGAGUAUAUGGGGAGACUAUGCUAUUUGAGCUAUUACUCAUUGGCAUGGUUGACGAUAUUAAAACUCCAAUACAUCUGAAAGUUUUCGACAAAGACAUGUUCUCAGCAGAUGAUGAAAUGGGUGAAGCAGUUAUAGAUAUAAAGCCAUAUGUUAAGUGCUGGAACAAAGGAUUGGAAAAACUCCCAGAUGGUUGUGUAGUGAAAAGAAUUCAGCCAAAUGAAAAUAACUAUCUUGCAGAAGAGAGUCCCUGUAUUUGGCACAAUGGGACUAUAAUCCAACGUAUGCUCUUAAAAUUGAGAAAUGUCGAGUGUGGUGAAUUACUCUGUGAACUUGAAUGGCUUAGUGUACUAGGUUCUAUGGGCUUAUUAGAGCUACAACAAUUACAUGCUUAAGUAUUAUAUAAUUGCCC